CUGAGAGAUGGUGGGAAACCAACAAUAGUGGAGCCGCGAGUUUAAAGAAUGUAAUUGACGUUACUCAAACAGGUGUAAGUUUAGGAUUAGCGUCUCUUUAAAUGCACACAACCAGGACGGCUUAGAAGACCAAUUCAACCUAACCCACGGUCAGACUUCUCCCCUACCACAUUACCCACUUCUUUUCCAUCCACUUUCCCAUGCCAUUUGAAUUUGAAUUAUUCCUCCAUUGCCGUGUGGAAUUCUAUGAGAAAUCCCGGUUUAAAAUCUCUUCCUCUUCCCCAUAAGAAUUUCAAAAUCAUACAGCUUUUGAGUUAGAUCCGGCCUUCAUAUGAACAUUGGGAGUGUUGAUUUGGGACAAGCAUUCAUUCUUUGUUUUCCUUCUUUAUUAGGUUGAUACACCUUCAACACCGCCAACUCUGAUAAGAGAUAAGGACAGAGAUAAAGAGAUUGCCUUUGACAUUCUGGUUCUAGGUGCGGCGGUCGGUAGACCCAAAUCCCAUAAAUGGGUCUUCUCCCCCAUUUCAUUUCCUCAUAGACAUUUUAACUUUCAAUACCCAUCUUAAGUUUCAUACCAUCACACAGUAAGAGUUUGUGUUCUGCAUUCUCCCUGGUUGCAAACUUUGCAAAUAAUACAGAGUCCCUGAUUUGGGAGUUCUUCUGAGACCUCAAAUUGGGUUGGGUGUGCUUAACACGCUUCAUUUUCAAAUCCUUGCUAUAAGGUAUAUAUCAUUAUCCAUAAAAAUUCUUUGUUUUCUGCACUCUGUCUGCUUGAAAAUUAGGGAAAAUCCCAAGUUCUUGAUUUGGUGUAUCCUUGUAAGGCUUCAAUUGCAAUCCUCACUCUUAUGGUUAUCGAUUUUGCAUCAAGAGAACAUUGCUCUCUGCACUUCGCCUGCUCACAGCUCUUCAGUAACCCCAAGUUUUUGAUGUGGGUGUCCUUAGAAAUUCUUCAAUCAAUUCAGGAUCCUUAUUGAAUUCAGGUCUCUGCUGUUUUGGCUGUGACAAAUUUCAAGCAUAUUGGGUCCUGUUGUUUGGUGGUUCAGGAUCUGUUUAAAUUCAAUUGAGGAGUUGUUUCGAAGAUCUCAAAUAGUUUGGAGCUUGUUUCUGCCUGUACAAGCGUUUUCAUCGAAGAUCAAGUUCCGUUCUAAGGAAGCUGUAAAGUGGGAAGAACGAAUAUUAUUCAAAGAGAUUUACACCAAACAAGCACACCAUACCUCAAGGCUUGAAACAUAACCAGCUAUUGACAGAGGGUUAUAGAGGCUUCGAUCUUGGUUGGUUGGAACUCGUUCUAGGAAACAAUUUGUUGAUAUGAUGAAGGUUAGUAGCAGCAGCAAUAGCAUGGAAGGAAUGGAAGGUUUUCAAGGUAGUGGUACUUCAACGAAAGUGGUACAGGAUAGUUAUGGCUUAGGUAAUAGAAGAACUUUUUCUUCUUUGGACCCCAUAAAUUAUUCUUGUUUAACUGGAGAAACUAUAGAGCCCUCUCCAAGUGAGUGUGCAGAAUAUGAGCAAUAUAUGAGUCUCUCGGAGCUCUCGGCAAAUUGGAAAUCCAAGGAAUGGCUUGAUUGGCCUGCAGAGAUGCUGGUAAAGCCAGCCUUGCAGUCACUGGAGAUGACUUUCAGGUUAAUUUCAUCAAUCCUGUGUGAUUCAAGGCCUUAUAUUGACAAGGAAGAAUGGAAAAGAAGGCUUGAAUCCCUAACAAGUUCUCAGCUUGAAUUAAUAUCAAUGAUUUGUGAAGGUGAUAAGGAUGCACCCAUUGUUCAAUUGUCUGUAAGCAAUGGUGUUCUUGCUACCAACGUUGCGCAAGAGGUAUGGCAGAGACCUGGGGCUUUGCCUGUGGUUAGUAGAAUAAGUGAAGAGAGUUUACUUCCUCGUUUGGGGACAUGGAAAAGGGCUGAACAUAUGGUCUCUAGAAUAUGGCUUGCAAUUGAAUGCUAUAUGCAGAGAGCUCCUUUUACUUUAGGCCUCGGGGAACCAAAUCUGUCCAGCAAGCCUAUUCUUGAAUAUGACAAGAUCUGCAUACCAAGCUACAUAUAUUCCUUCAAGCAAUCUACACAGUUCCACAAUACAGAGGAUCACACACUUUGCACUGUCCAUCAGAUCUUUGAGGCCUGGAUAUUUGUAGCCCAAUUCUUGUUGAAGAGAGUGCAUGAACGUAUAAACCGUGACGAUUCAGUAGGAGCAUCCAAAGAUUGCUGGCUAGUUGAAAGGAUUUGGAAAUUGCUUACAGAUAUUCAGAAUCUGUUCCAGUUGGUUGAUCCAGAUGAUUUUCUUUGUCUUAAGAACCAAUUGUCCAUCAACAGGGCUAGUGAUACUAGUACCUCCAAUGGUGCAUAUUGCCUCAAGUCUACUGCUCUGAGGAGCCUUGCAGAUGAGUGCAGGGAAUUAAAACAUCUUGUGCCAAAAAUUAUGGGUGUUGAGGCUGAUCCAAAAGGUGGACCUAGGCUUCAAGAAGCAGUUAUGCAGUUGUUUCAUUCACAUAGAUUGCCAAGAAGAGAAAUCCCAGAUGCUACUUCAUGUACUCAUCAUCAUGGAACAGUUCAUCUGCUGCUUGCCUUCCAGGCAAUUGAAGCUGCAGUGAAAAGGUUUUUCUUCUCUUAUCAGCAGCUGGUGAUUGUUGUUAUGGGUAGUGUUGAGAUGAAUGGAUCAGCAUAUACAGGUGCUUCAGAUGCUCUAACUCAAAUAUAUUCUGACCCUCCUUAUUUCCCAAGUGUGGAUGGUGCCAAGACAUUCCUAAGUGAUUACUGGUACCACAAUCCUACAACCAUGAUGGAAAGCUUGCACAAACCUGUUCAGAAAGCAAAUUAGGUACAAGAAAGCUAACGGGUCCUUGACCAACUGCAAAGAACAGGAUCAUAUUACAUAUACAGCAUAUCUAUGCAUACAACACACAAAGUAAGAUUAGGUUUUUGGAUGUGAUUAUAUUCAAAGAUCAAAUUAAAUUCAAUGUAAAAUUUUGUUUUCUCUUCACCUUCAGGGCUUUAUUCAUGCAUAUAAUUUAGUCCUGUUGGUGGUUAAUUACAGCUAUUAAUAUUUUUUUC